AUGCGCAACUGUCGACGGAACGUGCCGGGCGCCUUGGGGAGAGCUCCUCGCAACGUUGCUAAGAACUCGGCCAGAUUCAAGGCCACUGAGUGGUCAUUGUGGAUGUCCCUCUACUCCGUGCCUCUUCUGCAUGGGAGACUUCCAGAAAAGUACGUUGACAAUUGGGAAACACUUUGCGAAGCCUAUGUCCUCUCGAUCGAGCUUGAACUACCUCAAUCAGAUAUUGCCAGAGUGCGUGAAUUGUUCAAACGCUUCGUCAGAGAUCACGAGCAACUGUACUUCAAAGGACAAUACAACCGAUUGAACCUCUGCCCGUCGAGCCUGCACAUGCUGCUGCAUAUUGCUGAUUGCAUCGAGCAUCUCGGACCAGCCUGGGUGUUUUGGGCUUUCGCAAUGGAACGA